AUGGCGACCAAGAAAUAUGACGCGUCCAAGCUAAAAGCGUACAACAGUGCCGCUGCGGGCCACGAAGGCGUACUCAGCGACGAAUCCGGUGCCGUGGUCGUGAAGCCGUGUACUCUUUCCGAGAUUACCUUCUAUGAAUCCCUCUCCGACCAUCCCGAUCUUGCGCGCCAUCUGCCCACCUUUAUGGGCCAGCUCUCCCUCUCCACCGACCAGACUGCCGCCGUAGAAAGCGUCGAAAGCGGCACCAUCAAAACGGCCGACGGAUCCAUCGAGCGCCUACAUGGAAAACAUCUCGACACAGAUCUACACAUUGUGCUAGAGAACAUUACGCAUGGGUUCAAGAAGCCAAAUGUUUUGGACUUGAAGCUUGGCGCAAGGUUAUGGGAUGAUGACUCGAAGCAAGAGAAGCGAGAUCGCCUCGAUGCUGUGAGCAAGGAAACUACAAGCGGUAGUCUCGGCUUCAGGAUAGCGGGUAUGCGCACCUACAAGGGCGCCGACGUACCAGAGAUCCCCGACGACUUGAAGGAGUAUGUCGAGGUUGACAAGGAGAAUGGAUACUGGGUGUACAACAAGAUGUAUGGGCGCAAGUUUAACGCUGAGAAUGUGGACGAGGGCUUUGUAUCGUUCAUCUACCCUAGCGCCAAGUCGGAAGCAGAGCUUGACCGCGCGAGAGAAGUGCUAGCGUACUUUCUGGGUGAGGUCAAGGAUAUUCAAGAAGUGUUUGAAAGCAAAGAAAGCAGGAUGUACAGCGCAAGUAUACUCCUCGUAUACGAGGGUGAUGUGGAAGAGUACGGCAACACGAAGCAGAAGUUACGCUCAGCGCACCCAGAAGACGAAGAGGAGGAGGAUGAGAAUCUGCCCAAGCUCGCAGAGGUCAAGAUGAUUGACUUUGCGCACGCCUCAUGGACACCCGGGCAAGGGCCCGAUGAGAAUGCGCUGCAGGGCAUGAGGAGCACAGCAAAAAUAUUGAAGAGCUUACUGGACAAGGCACAUGAUUAA